UUAUAUUCACGAAUGAUUGACAGUAAACGUCCGAAUUUGCACUACAUCAUCUACAAAUGAACUACAAUCGAUUGGAAUAGUAAAAAGUUUAAUCUGGCCACGGGGCUAAAUAUACGGAGCUUAAUUUAAAAUCCGUCAAUUUUUAGGUUAGAAAACAUUGGCAAAUAUGUAAAACUUAGUGACACAUGGCAUUCAUCAUUUAUGAACUCAAAAAUUUACUCAUAUUUUGUACACUAUGACACACUACAGUGACGAUAGUUCGGAGAGUGAAAAAAAAUUAUUCCAACCAAAGAAAAACCUAUCCAUCAGUAAGUCUAUUAUUCACGCUUCGGGUGAAGAUAAGUCUCAAAAGUUAAUUGAACGUGACGGUAUUGUCAAGAGCCCUGGUAAAAGAUCACCGCACAGAAAAUCACCGGCUGGCAAGAAGUUUACUCAAAAGAUAAAUCAAGAUGUGCAACACGUAAGACAGGAUUUGAAGCCUCAAAUGCUUUCCAGCUCUGACGAUGAGGAAGUUGUUAGAUCGCGUAUUAGGGUGAAACAACAUACAACGGAUACUGAUAGCAAGGGUGAACCUAGAAAGUUAAAAAUUGAUACUUAUGGAUCAAAAAAAAGUAUCUUAGAUGACAGACAUGAUAAGACAUCAAUUAACAACGAGCAUGACAAUAGUAUUGAAUCACCGAAUCCCAGUGAGAAUCUUGCCAUCAUGUUCAAAAGUCAAACGCCUAUUAGUCAAUAUCAAGUUAUUGUUGAACAGGAAUCAAUGCCAGAUGAGGAUAAUAAGAUACAAACUCAUACAAAUACUGAAGAGUGGAAUGUAAAAGAUGGAAAUAGUAAGAGUAACCACUUUUCUCAGCAUAAAAAUAACAGGCAAGAAGCAGACGAUAGACACAGUUCUGAUAACGAAAUACCACCAUCACAAUAUUGGUUACAACGGCACAACGAGAUUAGAGAGGAAAAUUAUAAGUCAUUAUUGAAAGCUGAUAAACCAUCACCAAAAGAAAAAUCAGAUUCUAAGAACAAAAUGCAUCCAAAGGGUCUUCAAUCUGCAGUUGCAUUCGAAUCUUACAGAAACUCUCCACCCAGAAUCACCAAAACGGAAAUCAUCAGUGAAAAGUAUACGAGACUUGAUGGACGGAUUGGCCAGGCUAGCCAAGAACACCUGUAUGGUAAAGAUCUCCAAGAUAGUGCAAGUAAUGCAAGCAAAGACUGCAAAGCGUUUCUCACUUUAAAUGAUAUUGAUGUUACUGUUAAGGAUGAAAGAACAUCAGGCAAUAACAAUCGUGUUCAUGACUCUAGUAAAGCUGUAAUCGAUGCUGAUGAAUGUAAUGAUGAUACAAAGAGUCCUAAAACAAUCAAAGCUUCACCCAAACAAAAAGUCAUUUCAAAAUCUGCCAUAGAAGAUGACAAUUUGAUUAAGAUCAUGUCGAAAAUAAAUAGGAAAACUUCUGCUAAACGGAAUCCAAGCAACGUAUUAAACAAUUCUCCGUUUAAGAUAAGACCAGAUAUCUGUGACUCGGAUAAUAGCUAUGAAGAGAUCGAAAAACACACGGUAGGAAAAAAAGAAACUAAAAAUUCAUCCAAACCCACACAAUCCAGACCACCUUCGGCCCCCGGCAACAGGCAAAUGAAUUUGGUACAGAAAAAUGAUGACCAAAUUUUAAGUAAUUAUACAUUUACCACUGAUAGAGCAAAUACCUCUGUUAAAAGUAAAUCCGAUCAAUGUAAACUUGUAAGUUCUAGUGAAAGUGAUGAAAAUAUUGUAAGCCCGAGUAAAGAUGGAUUGAAUAAUAUGGCAUCAAAUGGUACAAUUAAAAAAAAAAGAUCUUCAAAGAGUAAAAAUCAGAUCAACUUAGAUUUGGAUGUAGAUCAGACUUCUAUUAGACCAUCUAAUGCGAAAAGUGAACCAGCAACAAUCAAACAACGGCGAUCUUCCAAGUCAUCUGCGAUAUCUUCGAAUACGAAACCAAACUCAGAUGAUAGUUUAGAUAAAAACGACAUAAUGCCAUCUCCUAUUUUUAAAAAGACUCCUUUGAAAAGGAAGUAUCAAGAUAGUACUGAUUUUCAUCCCUGUUCAGAUAAGAGUACAGCAGUUCUCGCUUCAUCAAAAAAACCAAGACAUACUCUGUCAGAUUCGGAUGAUACUGAUUCUUUAACCAGAUUGAAUACGACUUUGAACAAGUCGAUGGCAUUUAUAGGAAAUCAACCAGAGAUAGUCAAAAUAACUAAAAGUAAUAAGUCAGUUUCAAUUAAUGAACAGCUCAAAUUAGAGUACACACCAAAUGACACCAAGAAUCAGAAAAGUAUUUUAAAAAAACCGGAUUUUUAUGGAGCUGAUGAAGCUGAUAGCAAUGAGCAAGUAUUGAAAGUACAGGAAAGUGUCGAACCUAUCAGUCUGAUGCCAAAGACUAUAAAAAGACCAUUAACUUUUAAGGAUUUUGAGCACCAGCAUAUUUUGUCCCAUGAUUCCAGCGAAGCUAGUUUUGGUUUGGAGGAUUUAUGCGAUGAUGAUGAAAUCUAUUUCCUGGAAAUUCCCAAAAUGAUUGACCCUAAGGCCUUAAAAGGGCAAACAGUCAAACUGGGAGGAAAAAACAAACUACAAGUUGGGGAGGUCUUGUAUGAAACUUGCGAAAGAGAAGCAACCAAUAUAUCUUGUGUUUUCAACUCUGACAAGAAGGAGUGCUCAUAUAAAAUUGUGAAUUUUGUGCCAGUGAGAUCUAUACACGUUCGUCAGAAACUUCCAAAGGCUUUGCACAUACAAUUGUCAGCUAUUGAAAAGAUGACAGUACCAUUUCCAGAGGGUCUCAAAAUACGACACCCAUUAUUUGGUUCGGAUUACAAAGAUAACAUUAUUCCAGCGAAUAGAAAGGUACCAAAAACAUUCCCACCAUCAAUGAUGGAGUCACCUUCAUCUCAAAAGACGACCCCUAAAAAAUUGAAGAAAAUCAUUUGCUCAGAGGAUAUGAGUAACGGCAGAAUUAUUUCAAAAGAUGAGUUAGAUAUGAAACAAUAUGUUGAUACUAAUAAAUCUACAUAUAGUGAUUCUGAUUCUGAUGGGAGUUUUUUCCAAAACGUUAUGCGCGAUAAUAAUGAGAAUGUCAAAAGGAGAAACACUAUUGAUAAUUUAUCAAGUAUUUCAAAUCUUGACUACAGACCUUCAUUGACGAAUCGCCCAGACUAUUUGGAUGAAAAAGUUAUUACCGAUGUGCAGCACAAGCCAUCAACCACUAAGUUGAGAUUAUCCCACAAAAGGUCGGUUGAAAAAACUGAAAGAUUAGAUGGGACCUCCAAGAAGAGCCUAUUUUUUAGUUCGACCCCAAUUAAAGUUGAAUCAGGUGAUGAUACUGAUGAGAGAGAUAUUUCAACUACAACAUUGAUUAAAGAGAACAGCGAUAGUGAUAGUAAAAAAAAGAGAAAAAAGGCAAAGAACGAGCCUAAAAUCAACUCCAUUCAACUCCACGAAGUUAAAAAACACAAAACUCCAAAACAGAAUACAUAAGAAUGCUGUACAGAAAUGGAAUAAACAUAUUUAAUAUUAGGAUUUCAUAAGGUACAUAUUUUGUAUAACUACGUGUCCACACAAAAGACUAUAGUUUUUGACCAACAAGUAAUAAGAAAUAGUGACUAUGUUUGUACGUAUGUAGUUAUGUACAGUCUAAUUCAACUCGAUCAAAUAUAUUGCCAAUAAAAUGUA